CCUUCUAGGCCGCCGGAGGAUGCAGAGGGCGUCUCGUUGGUAGUGUGGUCGGCCAUGAGUACGGUUCGUAAAGCACUGGUGGUAGUUGCUGUGCUCGGCGCGGGUGCUGGCGUUGGCUCCACUCUGUUUGCCCUUGUAACCCCAGGAGAACUACAGAAGCAGGCAAUGCUGCAGGAAUUUCCGGAACGGGACCCGCGGCGCAGGGAAGAAGCUGCCCGAACCAAGGAACUAGUGAUGGCUACUCUGAAGAAAGCGGCAGCUACGGAGGAGAACGUGGCCUGGAGGAAGAACUGGACGGAAGCAGUUAGCGACGGCAGCAGGUCAGCGUGACACCAGAGCUUGCCUGUGGGACAUUCGAGGCGCCUUUCUCUGUGCGCGGGCGUGGAGUCCGGAUUCAGGAUAACCCGACUCUAGCAGGCACAGGUAGCUGUCGUCGGUGGUCGCGUUUAACGUGCACAUCGCGUGACAGCGACGAGAUGGGGGUCGGAUGUGUGGAACCAAAGGAACUAAUAAAUCCAGUCCAUCCGUUAAGCGGACUCCCCAGCCGGAUAUUUAAUGCCUAAAGAACUGGGAGGGUCGGCACGGUGGGCGCAGAAGAGUAGCUGAUUGCCACUCGUCCUGCAGAGUUCCAAGUCCAGGAGGUUUUCUACUAUUAAAAACAGGUCACAUGAUCUAAGUUUGCUUCAACAACUGGCGGUAAAAAAAGACUUUUCUAAUGUCUGUUUUGUGUGUCUAUGUUGUAGAGCGAAAAAUGAAAGUGCGGACGCGCUGCAUAUAUGGAAGUCACAGAACAGUAUUUAACUUUGGUUAAAGUCUCUUUCCAGUCAGUGUUGCCCUGAUUGUGCUGGAACUCGCUCUGUAGACCAGGCUGGCCUCACAGAUUCACCUGCCUCUGCCAACUCAGUGCUUGGAUUAAAAGUAUGUACCUCCAUUGCCAGGCCUUGUUAAAAGCUCUGUAAGAGAAGCUGACUCAGUACUAAAACAUCUGUGUCAGAUCAUUCUCAAGCAUAGCUCAGUGACAUACACCUAUAACCACAGCACCCAGGAGGGUAAGAAGAUAGCAGUUUCAAGACAAACCUGGGCUACUACCUCAAAAGAAAAAAGAUUUUGGUUUAACUACAUGAUAUUCUGAACUGAGUGUUUAUCCUCAGCACUUGGGACGGAGGGGCAGGAAGAUCUCUGCAUGGCCAGCUUGGUCUGCUUAAUAACUCCCAGACCCUCCGAGGCUACACAGUGAGACCUGCUCUCAAAAAAAAAAAAAAAAAACACAACAAAACAAGGCCCGAGGGUUUAAACUAUUACAAAAUGGGCAAAAAAGGGUGGUUGGAAAAUGGAAAGUGCAGCAGUGCAUGAUAGCUGAGUCUCAGCACCUGGCAGCUUGAGCCAGAAUUCUAACAAGCUCAAAGCCAGCCAUGGCUAUAAAGUGUUUCAGGCUGUCCUGGACUAUAGGACACGAAAAUCCCGCUAUUCCCCCCAACAUGCAGCCUCUUGCUAAAUGUAGUGAGGGACGGUUGAAAGGGCUGUGGGUAAAAGCACCUUGAGCUAAGCCUAGGACCUAAAUCUAAUCCCUGGAACCCACAUGGUGAAUGGAGGAAAGUGACUGCUGGUUUCUUAUGACCUCUACGUUUUCUGCCUCCACAGGUAUACACAUAAAUAUAUGGGUCUAUGCCCCAAAGUUGUUCAUUAUAUGGUGGCACACAAAACCCAAGGCCAUGGGCUUGUACCUGCAGAGAUGAACCAGGCCACAAAUCCUUUUUUGAUUUGGUACUGAGGACUGAGCCCUAGCACCUUGGGUAUGCUAGUACCCAUCACUGAGCUCCACCUAGCCCAUAAACAUAUAUAGGCGUGUGUUGUGUAAUGUUUAAUCUUUUGGCUUCUUGGGGGGCCCACCACCCAACUCCCAAAAAAAUCACACAGAGGCUUAUUCUUUGUUAUGAAUUCCCUGCCUUACUUAGCUUGUUUCCUUUUUUUUUUUUGGUUUUUCGAGCCUGUCCUGGAACUAGCUCUUGUAGACCAGGCUGGUCUCGAACUCAGAGAUCCGCCUGCCUCUGCCUCCCGAGUGCUGGGAUUAAAGGUGUGCGUCACCACUGCCCAGCCUUAGCUUGUUUCUUUUUCUUUUUUUUUUUCAAAAUAUUUAUUUAUUAUGUAUAUAGUAUUCUGUCUACAUGUAUGUCUGCACAGGCCAGAAGGGGGCAC